AUGGCACAGAGACACCUAUACUCAGCGAUAAGGAGAGGGGAUGCCGAGGGAGAUGGGGGCCGCGACGCUACUGCUGUAGAGCUGGACGGGCUGCUGUCCUGGUUUGUUGAGCACGGGGGAUCCAUGACCAAGCUGUGCCUGGAAGACCUUGGGGGAGAAAUGAGCCUCAGCUUGUUGACUGGGCAGGCCCUUAACAAGGGAGAGGUUGUCAUGUCCAUCCCCAUCUCGCUGUGCAUGACGGUAGACUCGGUCCUGGCCCUGCACCUCAUGGCCGAGAGAAGAAAGGGCGACGGGUCUUUCUGGAAACAGUACCUACGAACCCUCCCAGACGACGUGGACACACCUCUACGGUGGCUGGUGGAACAGGCGGAGGAGGAGUUCCGGUUGCUGGAUGGCACCAUGGUCGGGCUGUUGUCGAGAAUGAUGCACUCUCAGGUACGGAAGGACUGGGAGGAAUUUCACCUGCCGUUGGUGGAAGCGCAUCCGGAGAUCCUCGGCGGGGUAACUUUCGAGGACUACUUGUGGGCUAUGUCCUCGAUAUGGAGCCGCUCUUUCGACUAUCAAGAGCCGGGGCCGGACGAUUCUCCUUGCAGCCGUAGGGCGAUGGUGCCAGUAAUCAACGCAGCCAACCACGAUCCUUCGGCCGCGGACUCUCUGUCGGAGAUGAUAGAGUUCCAGGCGCAAGAAGGUGGCCUUUCCAUGGGCAUCGGAGAACCGGGAAGGGCCCGAGGGACGCUUCGCGUCUCCGCCGGCAGAGACUACGCCGCCCGAGAGCAGUUUUUCAUCCUCUACGGCCGCUACUCGAACGCCAAGCUGCUCUACAGCUACGGCUUCGUGUUGGCGAGCAAUCCUUACGGCGGCUUGGACUACUGGGUGAGGGUGCCGCAAACUGACCCGGGCUUCGCAUGGAAGCAGGCUUUGUUGGACGAGCACCCGCUCACGGCGGCGCAGGCGUACGACUUUUCGGGAACCGUGCGAGCGGGAGGAUGGAUCUCCCCGGCGUUGCUCGCCACCGUUCGCGUGGCGCAACUCACCGCCGACGAGAGGCCGGUGGCUGAGAAAGCGUUCGAAGGGAAGAUGGUUACUCCUAGGAAUGAGGCGGCUAGCUUGGGGGCCCUGCUAGCCGGACUUCGGCGAAAGCUAACAACUCUAGGGGGCACCGCCGAUGAGAGAAGCCCGUCAGGUUGGGAGAAGGAAAAGCAAGAUAUCGCUGCGCUCGAAGGUGAGCUCGAGCGCCGGCAGCAGCGGCGACAACCUCACGGGGGAGAAGGGGAGUUGGCCGGAGGCGAAGAGGAGGGGGGGGAUAGGGGUAAGGAAGAGGAGCGUGGGGACGGGGGAGCGGGUGCUGCCAUCACCGCCGCCGCCGCCGCCUCUCGAUGUUCCGCUUCUGGUGCUGCUGCCAUCAAGUCCCUCCGGAGGAGGGUUGCGGCCGCUAGGGUCCGACUCGAAGAGAAGGCGGUGGUAGCCGACGCAAUCUUGGCCCUGGAAGCGUCGCUUCGAGAGUUGCAGGCGGCGGCAUCGUCCGGGGUGGGGGCGGUCGCUUCUUUUGAGACAUUGGACUGCCGUACAGGUUAA